GCAUAAACCUGAAUGUUUUGAUCUAAACGAAGUCAGCGUUUGUAAACAGCAGUAGAGUUCUGAUAGAAAUUUCCUAAUAAAUUAGUCAAAAAUCGUUUAAAAUAAGACUAAAACAUUGUAAUCAACUAUAAGAUAUUAAUUAAAGUAAAUUUCUAUUUAGGAAGACACUAGUUCUAUGAGCAAUAACGUUUCCUGUGUAGCAUGUCGGACUCGUGGAUCCGGGAUGGUGGCCAUCUACCACCAUCCCAACGGAUUAGAUCAGAUGUUCACUUCCGUUACGGCGGUUGAGGUUGAACCAGAGGAUCAUCUCUGCAUUCCGUGCUACGACGAUUUGAAAGCGGCACAUCUCUUCAAACAAAAGUGCAUCCAGAAUAACAUCCUUCGAAUCAGUCGUCCUUCAACGGGCAGAUCUCGCGUCGAAGUGGGACAAGGUCAAGAAGUGGUUGCUCCACAACCCAAUGUAGUCGUUCCAUCAAAAGUAGAGCUCGUUCCGAGUGCCGAAAUUUCCACUACAACUAUUGCUGAUGGGGACAUCCUUGAGGAACACUUGGUUAUAAGGUCUGAUGUUUCGGAAGACGAGGUUGAAGAGGAAGAAGAUGACGCCGAGUUGCUGGAAGAGGACGUUAUUGUAGAGGGCAAAGUGAUCCUAGAUGGUUUGGUGCCCGCUGAAACCGCUGAGCCAGACGAAGCGGAUUCUGCCGAGGAUGUUAAACCAGGCCCUAGUCACGAUCUUGUUCAAAGUGCCGACGAGCAAGCCUUUGCAACCGCUCCGGAGGAGGAAGCACAUUCCAUCCGCUGCGAUGAAUGCAACAAAGCAUUCAAAAAGCUCCAUCUUCUGCAAAGACACAUGAAGGCUUGCCAUCAGGGCGCAGAUUCUACCGACGACUGCGGCGAACAAUCCACUGCAGGAGCGUUGGCCACGCUUCCGGCGGUGCACAAUUUGAUGUGCGAGUUCUGCUUCCAGGAGUUCUCGGUCCUGGCGGAAAAGUACGAGCACGAAACGGCACACAUGACCGAGCCCAAACCGUUCAAGUGUCCGCACUGCCAGAGCACCUUCAAGGACAAGGUUGGCCUCCGGAGUCACAUAAGGAUCCAUUCGGCGGUCAAGCGCUUCAAGUGCCAGUACUGCGAGAUGCGGUUCCAUCAGCGGGGAAAUUUGACGGCUCACGAGCGGACUCAUGUGGGAGCGAAGCCGUUUUUGUGCCCCCAGUGCGGAAAAGGUUUCGCCGAGAGUGGUAAUCUGAAGAACCACAUUCGAUAUCACACGGGCGAACGGCCGUACGCAUGCUCGGAGUGCCCGAAACGCUUCCGGACGCACUAUUCGCGAACGGUGCACUACAGGUCGCACAGCAACGAACGGCCCUUCCGGUGCGGUGAGUGCGACAAGGGCUUCUACUCGUCCGGUAAGUUGAUCAUUCACCGGAGGGUGCACAGUGGCGAGAAGCCGUACAAGUGCGGUUCCUGUCCGGCCAAGUUUGCCGAUAGCAGUGGAUUGAAGAGGCAUUCGAAGACGCAUUAACUGAACGGUGAGUUGAAAGGUUGUUGGUGGAGAAAUGAAAGAUCUGGUUUGGAUAGA